UCAGUGUAACACUUCCGGUUCCAGGUACGAGAAAGCAAAAAGGUGCAUACCACAAUGUACAUGGUUAUUGUUACCGCUGGAAUGGCGUUCGGCUUGGUGGUUCACACUAUCGCCAGUGGCAGUAUGCAUAGGCCCAAGCGCUCGGAUUUAGGUGCGACAAGUAACUGUACACCACCGGACUGUUCCAAAAACCCACACAAUACGAGUUGUACGGAGCCAUGCGUUGGAUACUCUUGCAAUGGCACACAGCUCUUAAAAGAACACUGUCAAGGUCACAAUGACUCAAGAUGCAUGGCGUCUUUUGCUAACUACUCAGCUCCUUAUCCCGACUGCUGCGGCGUGGUUAUGUGCACUUAAGGAUAACGGCAAUGGAAGCACGUCGAAGGUGAAAAUAUGACCAAUCACUGAAUAAUGCCUACCACUCUAAUAUUAACAAAUACAUCCGGAUGUUGCUCCAGAGCGCUGUGCGCAAGAGGUGUGCUCGAGUGAACAUAUUAAUAAAAUGUCAUAUUUUUA